UAAGUCCCAGGGCAGAGGCAGUGGGGGAGAAGGGAGUGCUGGAGCAAUGCUGGGGGGCAGCAAGGCCACCCCUGUGCUUCACACAUCUGCAUCUUGGGGCUGUCCACUUUUCCCUGACAACAGCAACAGGCACCCAUGUGCCAGCAAAGCUACUGGUGCUUGGGAUGGAGCUCCUGCAGGUCAUGAUGCUCCAGUUCAUCCCUGCAUCAACAGGGAGGGCAGCUUGCUAAGUGGGGCAGAGAAACCCACAGCCCCCCAACCACUCCCCAGGCUGGGGUUUCAGCAUCCCCCCCUGCUCAGGACCACACACCCCCACACCAGCCCCGAGGCUCUUUCCCUCUCCCCGGGGCGCUGCUCCUCCUUAUCUUGCUUCCGCGCACCUUCCGGCGUGAGCAGGGCAGGGGUGCUUCCCGCCGAUCGCCGGGCCCCGAGCCCCCCUCCGACCGCAGGGCUAUUUUGGGAUGUUUGUUUGUCCCAAAGGACCCCACGUGCUGAGGAGGGUGGGGAGCAGUGGGGCUGGCCGGCAGGGAGCCCUGCUGCCAGCCAGGACCCCGGUGCAAGCCAGCAGCCAGCACGCGUGCCGUGUCCCUCCCCACCGUGCCAAGCUGGUGGAGGGCACCUGUGGCACGUCCACGUCCGCAGCCAUGCCCACGCUGCCCCAGACGCUGCACUGUUGGCGGGGGUGCCUGAGGACAUCCUCUGCUUCUCCCGCUCCUUUGAGGACCUCACCUGCUUCUGGGAUGAAGAGGAGGAGGAGGCGGCGAGCGGGAUGUGCCACUUCUACUACUGGUACAGCAGGGAUGCGCCCACGGCAUGCGCAGUGUCCACAUGGCGCCGUGCAGCUGGUGGGAUGCGGCAUGUCUGCGUCUUCCCCAGCCAGGACGUGCGGCUCUUCACCCAGCUCCACCUCUGCGUCCUGGAUGCCAUCACCAACCAGGCCAAGUACCAGCGGAAGCUCAGCGUGGAUGCGGUGGGGGCUGGCAGCACCCUGCACACCAGGCAUGGAUGCAGUCCUGGGGGACCGCUGGGUGUCCCGCAGCAGGACUGGGGGGUGCCCAGAUGGGGGCUGCCGCAGGAGGGCAAACGCCCCGGCACAUUCCCCGCAGGUCUCAUCGCCCCCCCGGGAAACAUCACGGCCCGCUGGGCUGGGGCUGCAGGGCAGCUCUGCGUGUCGUGGCAGCCACCACUUGGCGACUACCUGAACUUCUUCCUCUACGAGGUGCAGUGCUGCCCUGCCAGCUCCCCAGAGAUGCCCUGCAGCACCAUGUUGGACCCCGGUGGGCAGCAGCCUGGGGAUCCCUCCAGCCAGCCAGCCAUCAGCACCCACGCACCCACGGCUGGGGGAGCCACAGCCUCCCUGGGCGCGGGGCAGAGACUGGUCCAGGCCAACACCUGGGUGGUCCUCCGGGACCUGCGGCCAGGGGUGAGGUACCACAUCCAGGUACGCAGCAAGCCUGAUGGCACCUCCAUGGACGGCGUCUGGGGGCCCUGGUCGCAGGCAGUGGCUGCAGAGACACCCCGCUCCUCUGGAGACAUCGGGCUGAGCUGCAGCACCCCUGACCUGCAGCACGUGCGCUGUGAGUGGAGCUGGGACCCUGCAGAGCCCCACGGCUCCCACCAGCUCUUCUACCGUCCGCCUCCAAGCAGGGCCAGCACAAGGGAAGACGCGUGGCAGCGGUGCGAGGAGGUGAGCGUGGGGGUGCAAGGCACCCACGCCUGCACCUUCCAGCCCAGGGCUGGCAGCGCUAUCUCCAUCCUGGUGAAUGUCACCCAGCCCCACGCGCUGCCCACGCUCAGCUACUUUAAGGAGCCCUUCUGGCUGCACCAGGCCGGUGAGUCCCAGCGCCACCGUGGCCCCUGCCCUUGCCCAUGCCUGCCUGGCGGGGGACGCAGCGUCCUAUGUCCCGUUCCAUGCAACACGUCCCCGUCGCCAACAGUGCUCACAGAUGCCCCGCAGCUUGUGCAGGCGACGGUGUCACAGGGCCAGCUGAGCCUGCAGUGGCUGCCGCCCCUGGAGGUGCUGGCAGAGCAGCUGGACUACCAGGUCCGCUAUGCCGUGGAGAAGAGCCAUGACUGGAAGGUCCUACAGGUCCCGCGGGCAGCCAGGAAAGAAGUCCUGGACCUACGGCCAGGCGCCCGCUACCAUGCCCAGGUGCGGGCCCAGCCCAGCGGGCCGUGGUACCAGGGCAGCUGGAGCGCCUGGUCCAAACCUGUCGUGGUCGACGCCAUGGCCAGCGCGGGCUGGAUCAUCCCGAGUGUUACGGUGGUGCCGCUGCUCUUCACAGGAGUGCUCCUGGGGCUGCGGUGCACCUUCCCUUCCCUCUACAGCAACGUGAAGCAGAAGCUCUGGCCCCCCGUCCCCGACCUGCACCGCACGCUGGGCAGCUUCCUCCACGAAAGCAGCAAGCACGGCCAGGCCAACACCUUCUACAAGCAGCCGCCGGAGGAGGCCGUCCUGCCCUGCCUGCUGGAGGUGCUGCCCGGCCCGCGGGGGGAGCCGGGCGCGCCGCCGCCGCCUCCGCCGGAGCACGCUGCCGGCCGCCUGCCCGGCACCGACAUCGCCAACCAGUCCUACCUGCUCAUGAGCGGCUGGGAGCCGCGCGGGCCGCCCUGAGACGCGCUCCCCGCCCCGGCAUAAAUGAGACGAACAAA